UCGAAGCUAGCGCUACAUCCGCGCUCAUGUCGGUUGACGCCGUUAAAACGUCGCCGCGUCGCACCGCACUUCACGUUAAACACGCCAUGAAACUACCGGCGGCUCCACGCGUGUCCGGCGGGGCCGAGAACUGAGUCCUCGCGGUCCGGAGCGACGGUCCGACCGGGGAAGCGGAAUGUCAACAACGCGGCCUCUCCUCGGAAUGCGACGAGUCCCCGAGCUGGCGUGCGCGGAGCAGCCGGGCGGCAGGCUCCCCGCGGCGGGGAGGCAGCCGCCGGAGGACGGGCCCACCGUGGACGAGUUCACGGUCCCGGAGGAGAAGCAAGAGGAGCUGAAGGGCGCCAGGCCCCGGGUGGAGCAGGUCUUCAAAGUGACGUUCACCAUCAUCGGGCUGCUGGACCACACGGGGCAGCCGCACGGCAGCAAGACCUCCCGGCAGAUCUGGCUGCAGCUCCGGGGGAACCGGGACGACGUGUCCAAGGCGAAGGAAUAUGUGCGAGGACUUUGUGACCCCGAGCUGCAGAAAGAGGAGCGCUACCCGGUGGACAUGCACUGUAUCUUUGCUGGAGCCCGCGGCCUCUUCCUGGACCGGCUCGUACGGGACACGAGUGCCGAGGUCCAGGUGCCAGAGCCGGGUCGCCUGCGGCUGGUGGGCCAGGCCGAGCCUGUUGUGAUGGCCCAGAGCAGAGUUCAGCAGUUUGUGGCACUAUUCCAGGAGAAGCGAAGUCUACCUGGUGACAGAGAGCCCGCGGUGAAGCGAGCGUUCAAAUCCUUCGUGGAGGAACGAGAUGAUAAAUACACGAUGGAGCUUCUUCUGCUGCCCAGUGCCCUGAAGGAGGAGCUACUGGGACUGGCUCACAGCCCCACCAGCACAAACACAUCCUCACUGACUCUGCAUCUCAGCACGGCGGAGGUGGAGCAGGACCGCUCGCAGAGCAACACGCCAGUGACCGAGCUCUCCAACCGCAUCUUGGACACCAGCUUUGAAGAGAGAGGGGCCACGGUGGGAUCUGUGGGCGGAGCCGGGAAAGCCGGAGCAGGGAUAGGUUCAGGUGCCGAGAGCGUCCUGCUCAACGGCACCCGGCCCUCACACAAGCGGCGCUCGUCUGAGAGCGAGACUCGGGACACAAAGAGACAAUACUCUCUGGAGCGGAGAGACGAGUCGCCGGAGAGAGCGAGAGAGCGACAGAGGGACAGAGAGGGCCGGGCGGCGAGCAGCAGCUGUAGAUCCCAAACGCCCUCGGCCUCAUCGUCUCUCUCCUCCAGAGCAAACACAGUCGGGCCGACCAUGCCGGACCCCGGUGAAGGCAUCUCAGACGAGGGGGAGGCAGUCAGCCCGGAGACCAACCUCCGCUGCCUGGUCAACUUCUUCAGGACCAUGGGCUACCAGCAGGAAGUGGUGGAGCGUAUUGUGAAGGAGACGGGACAGACGGAGGAUACCUUCCUCGUCCUGGAGAAGAUCGUUGAGGAGACCAAGCGCUGUGAGGAGGUCUCAAAGGGAGGCGACAAAGAGAGACGGCCCACCUCCAUAGGCUCCUCAGACACAGCGGCGGCGUCCUCGUCCUCCACAGUCUCUCGUCUCAGGGACAAGGAGCUCAGCCGAGCGCUGGUGGACCCGGGCAGGUCUAAAGAGAACAUUAAGCCCAACCAGCCCGGGAGCAGCAGCAGCAAUGGGCUGGGCCACCGGAGGCAGUGCAGCAGCAGCGAGACCAGCACGCAGCAGGCGAUCACAAUCAAGAGGAGCUCCAGCGCUCAAGGGGGAGCAGGAAACUACGAGGUCAUAACCAUUAUCGACGACGAUGAUGUCAUCCUCUCCGAUACCAAAACAGCAGACGCCAGCAUGUCCCGCAUGUUCGCGGCACAGCUCGACGCCCAAUCGGGAUCCAGGACAGACUAUCUGGCCCGGGGCGUGGGCGGCGGCAGUGGCGUCCCUCCGAGGGACUACCUGUCCAGGGGCGGGACUCAGACUUUAGGAGGAUCGGUGAAGGUGGAGAGUGUGACGGCGCUGCGCAGCACGCCUCAGUGGCUGGCGGCCACCACCACCUCCCUGGCCUCCACUCCCAGUUCGGCUCAGUCCAUCAACCGGCCCUCGGCCUUUCCCUAUCAGACCAUCGGCCACAUGGGUUUUCACGGGGGCUUGGCCAAGAGCCCUCCGGCCAACGACCCCCCCGCACCUCCAGUGACCGGUCUGGGUCGUUUCCAUCAGUCGCUGAGGACGCCAUACACCCUGAAGCUGCCCAACGAGCCGGGGCGUCCAGAGCUCAGACACAUCAUCAUCGAUGGCAGCAACGUGGCUAUGGCUCACGGCCUCCAUCGCUUCUUCUCCUGUCGAGGCAUAGCCCUGGCUGUGGAGACGUUCUGGAGGCGGGGCCACAGAGAGAUCACGGUGUUUGUCCCCCAGUGGCGUCAGAAGAGAGACCGAUUCACAACAGAGCAACAUUUUCUAAACCAGCUGGAAGACCUGAGGCUGCUCUCCUUCACGCCGUCCAGAGAGGUCUGUGGUCAGAGGAUCUGCUCUCACGAUGACAGGUUCCUGCUCCACCUCGCAGAAAAAACAGAUGGGAUCAUUGUCACCAACGACAACCUGAGGGACUUUGUCGACACCUCGGACACCUGGCGGAGGAUUAUUCAAGAGAGGUUGCUUCAGUUCACGUUUGUGGAGGAUCUCUUCAUGAUCCCGGACGACCCGCUGGGGAAGAACGGACCUCACCUGGACGUCUUCCUGCGAAAAGACCACAGGAGAGCUGCAGUCGACCCGCCCCCUCAGAGACCCUCAGACCUGCGGCCGACCAAUCAGCAGCAGCAGCAGCCGGUUUACGUCCAGGCCCUGCACUCCGCUCCUCGCCCCCCGUCCUCCAUACCCCGGACCCCCUCCUCCCUGAUGGCCCACCCCCCAGCGCACUGGCCCCACUCCGGCCCCCCUGAAUGGCACCCACCAGGCCGCUCCCCCUCCCCGUCCCCCUCGCCGCCGCCCCAGCGGUCCCCGGCGGAGACCUCGGAGCUGAAGAGGAAGCUGUACGACAUCUUCCCCGACCAGAAGCAGCGGAUCGACCGCAUCCUCAGCGACAACCCGUACAUGAGAGACCUGAACGCCCUGUCUGGGCUGCUGCUGGGAUGAAUGACUGUGCAGUGAGAAUCACACACGACGCAAACACUCACCCGCAAGGACACGCGUUCACGUGUCGGCCUGAAUAUAAUUUAUUUUGCCAUCUUCAAGCCUGGAGGACAGUUCGAGGUUUUUUUUUCUUUUUAUAUUAUUAUUUCACAUUAAGAUUGAUCAUCAAACUAGCUGCUACUGGCAAAGAGUGUUUUUUGGGGAUGUUUUCCUUUUUCUCUCUCUCUCCCUCCUCCUUUGCUUUCCAAUCGAUCCACAACAACAACACCGAAGGAUCAAAAGUGAUAAUUCAGCAUCGUUGUCAAGCAGCAAAAUCCAAAUCCAGAGGUUCCAUGACUGUGGGACGAACACCAGGAGGAAACGUUUUGGACCAAAAGUGGUGACCUGGUCUCGUGGGUCAGCGGCUGCAGCUCGUGAUCAGCUUCUUUCUCCAAAACCUCGUUAAUCCAUCAGACUUUCAACACUUCUCACAAUCUCAGAGCUUUAUCUCCAUCACAUCAUCCACACUGGCAGGUUUUUUUGCAUGUUUUCAACACACGACGUCCGCUCACACUGUCGGGCAGCAGCAGGGUAUUGAACUUGACGUGAGUGAACCAUGUUAGAAGUUCAAGGGUUCAACACCAACGAGGGAAAUGUUUAAAAGUACCGCGUUUGAAACUUAAUCUCCUCGAACUGGUUCAGUUCCACAAGGACGGCGAUGUUGUCCUGCCUCAGAGGGAUGAUGAGAUCAUUAGCUUUACCUACAAAUAAUAAUUUGUGUAAUUAUGGGACAGAAAUGCCAGAAGCAACUUUGAUUACAAAAGCAGAAUAAUUACAUAUAAUCUAACUAAAGAAACACACUUAGGCUUGUGAUGGGCCAUUAUUUUGAGGCUGUAUAGAUGGGUAGUAACAGCAACCUGUAUUUUUUUAUAUAGAUUAUUAUUAUUAUUUCGGAAAUGGCUCACUUACUGUACAUAUCCAGACCGAAGUCGUCUCGUUUAUUGAAUCACUGCCCAUCUCUACGCCCUGCGAAGGUUUCCUGUAUUUUCUGACCUGGCUCAAUCUAAAUGAAGCUUUUAUUAUCUCCUCCCUCCUCAGUCAGUGACACAAACUUUUUUAAGAGACCGUUUCUUCUUCUCAGUGACAAUUUUGGUUUUUAAAUUGUUCCCUCGCUUAUAGGUGACAUUUUUCGGCCGGCAGUUGCUGUUUCUGAACAUCGCUUCAACGAGUGAUUGAGUUCAAGUUCAAUUACUGAGCGAGUUUUCAGGUUUGAGUCGCCAUCCAACAGUGUUUCCAGGACGAUGCAGUUACUAGUUCUUCAUCAGCGUUUUGUUUACCGAGAUACUUUGCAAGUUAUUGGUCUUUAAACACUUAUGCUUGUGACCCUGGAUGGAAACAAACACUACAAGAGUUUGGAUUAAAUCUUUUUUGUUGAUUGAAUGAAACGGCCCCUUUUUAAAAGAAUUUCGGUUUCUCACCCCAAAAUCCAGCAAACACCACAUUUUUUUAUUUUAACUUGCAUUUGUAAUUAGUGUUAAUAGCUGAAUUCAAACCACUGAAGGUAAAUGCCGAUGUCUCGAGUUUAACACUGUGCCAUUGACGAGUCUUCAGAGAGCUUGAAGUGUUUUUCUACCCUCAUACACCCGGAGAACGUGGGGCUGCAGCAGCUGAGUUUUGUAUAAUACAAACACUUUAUCUCCUUGUAAAGAAUAAUCUGCACAAAAAUCUUCACAAGGUGUCAAACGGUUCUGUUCAUACUUUGUUGUUGUUGUGAGGAAUUACUGAAGGACUUUCAUUACUAUAUUUCUUAGGUGUAUAUUCAUUUCUUCUUCUUUUUUUUUGUAAAUACAAGCAUUUUUGGCUACAGUGCACAUAUAGUUUUAUGUAUGUGGAAAACAAAACUCAAUAAAACGCAGCAGUUCCCAUGAAGUCAUGUUUGCAUGGUUGGACAGUGUUGACUGUUUAUCCUCCUGUUCUGUCACCUACAGCGUUUCACCUGUUUUCAUUCAAUCAGUUUUUGUGGGGCGACGUUACUGUGAUGGCCAAAAAUUUUGUAUAAAGUAUUAAAACGAACACUUAAAACA